GUAAAGAAUGGUGGCAGAGAGUUUUCGGACGAAACUUAUUGGAUCUCGUUUUUUAUAAACUUUAUGGAGGAAAACGAAAAUAUAAAAUUGCCCAACGGAUAUUACUCUACAAGAACAGCUGUUCAACAUUUGACUGAUGACCUAAUUCAUGCGGACCACAAAAUAAACCUAUCACACGGGGGAGGUACGACGGAUGUUCCUAAGAAGAUAGACAGUAGUGUGAGUGCAUUUAUGGAUACUUUGCAAACUAUGUCUCUGGAAAACAUGAUGGAAGAUGAAAAUGAGACAGACAAUCUGGAAAACAGUUCGGAUGACGAAGCGGACGCAUUAUGUGCGAGUAAUGUUCUCGACAAACGGAUCGAUCCCAGUCAGAAACACAUACCAGAGGACUACGUUGACGGUUCACCCAGAACCCUACCAUCUGCGACGAGAGGGAUUUUCUUUAAGAGUGAACCGAAGCCUUAUCAAAAAUCGGUGAUCCUUAUUCCCCACGCCGAUCAGACGGACACAAAAGCUGGGGAUUAUUUUGGCGCAACUCUAUACACCUACACGCGGCCUUCAGGGAAGAAAUACAAGUUCCAGUACCAGCAUCUACUGAAGGAUAUCACGGAUGGACAUCCGGCAAAGAAGAUGCGAAUCAGUGAAGAAGACGAGCUUGUCAUGAUAGACAAGACAUUUACGCCAGAUCUUAACCAUACAGAGGUUCUCAAUAGUUUUCAUCACGAAGUAAAAGUUGACGGGAAAACGCGAUUCUGUCUGGUUUUAAGACAAAUUGAUAAGAAGAAGUCUUCAAUGGAUUGGUAUGAAACCAGUGCAAUCCUGCAUCCAGACCCUAUAUCGCAUCAUCAAGAUGCAUCUCCGAUUGCAGAGCAAGUGGAAUGUGUAAAACUUGGUCCAAACCCAAAGCCCAAACGUUUACCUCCAAAACAAAUCGUAUUUUCCAUUUACGACUGCUCGCUUUAUAUGUUCAUUGAUCAAUCCGGCAUUCACGGGGUACCUAUCGAACGGGAUGACGAUUCCAUUUACGUCAACAAGAUAGUCGAAGUAUUAUUCAAUCCGUUGAGGUGUAAGGCAGCCUUGUAUGGAAUGGAUGGGACAUCAUAUGUGCAAGUUGAUGAUCAAAGCAAUAUACGCAUAUCGGGCGAAUCCAUGUGUACUUGGUUCGGAUGUAAAACGCAAGGCAGCACCAACGAGUUCUAUGUAGAUGGUCUCUUUCUUUCGUUUGACAAAAUAGAGAAGAACUUUGUGAUGUCCAGUUCAAAUGGAGGGCCAAACUGUGCUACAUAUACACCCAAAGAUGUUAAGCGAGUUUCAGGAAGUGACCAUCCAGAAUGUCUCUUUCUCUCGUAUGACAAAAUAUAGAAGAACACCCCCAAGAUGUUAAGCGAGUUUCGGGAAGUGACCAUCCAGAAUGAGCAUGCAUUCCUUAAUUGAUAAACAUUGAUGUUGAAGAAAUAAUGAAACAUUUUUCCAAACAAAAAAAGAUUGACUCUCCCAUGAUGUGUUCUUAUGUAUUACAUAUCGGAAUACAAUAAAUGGUUUUCUGAACUAACAGAAGAUCGCAAUUUG